AUACAGAAACAAAUUUUGGUAGGAAGAGAAAAGGAACACGGUUCCCUGGUCGACAAACGAAUUCCUUCCAUGCAGAUCCCACCCAUGACCCAUCCAUCUUUUUUUAUCUUCCUUUCCAAGUAGAGCGAGUGAGCGAGAGUGAGAGAAACUGAGAAUAAACGUGGUAGGGAUGGACUCCGACGAAGGCAACGCGCAGAGGGUCCCGCUGAGCCAGAGGCCCGACUGGUCGGACGUUACUCCGCUUCCCCAGGACGACGGUCCAAAUCCAGUCGUCCCGAUCGCCUACAAGGAAGAAUUCAUCGAAACUAUGGACUACUUCCGAGCCGUCUACCAGGCCGACGAGCGCUCGCCUCGCGCUCUUUGGCUCACCGCUGAAGCCAUCCACUUGAACGCCGGCAAUUACACUGUAUGGCAUUUCAGGCGUUUAAUACUCGGGGCUCUCGAUGGUGACUUGCACGAUGAACUGGGUUUCAUUGAGAAUAUUGCUAAGAGUAACUCCAAGAACUAUCAGAUAUGGCAUCAUAGGAGGUGGGUUGCUGAGAAAUUGGGAACUGAUGCCACAAGCAAGGAACUUGAGUUCACCAAGAAGAUACUUACUGUUGAUGCUAAAAAUUAUCACGCCUGGUCCCAUAGGCAGUGGGUUCUGCAGGCACUAGGAGGAUGGGACGAUGAACUUGAUUACUGUUGGCAGCUCCUUGAAGAAGACGUUUUUAACAAUUCUGCUUGGAAUCAGAGAUACUUCGUUAUAACAAUGUCUCCUCUCCUGGGGGGCCUGGAGGCUAUGAGAGAGUCUGAAGUGAGCUACAGUGUUGAAGCCAUAGUAUCCCACCCUGAGAAUGAGAGCUCGUGGAGAUACCUUCGAGGGCUUUACAAAGGUGACAUUGAGUCUUGGGUGAAUGAUUCUCGUGUUUCUUCAGCGUGUUUGAAGGUUUUGAGGGCCGCCAAAAACAACUGUAUCUUUGCUCUCAGCACGCUUUUGGAUCUUCUCUGCCAUGGUCUCCAACCAAGUCAAGAGUUGAGAGAUGUUGUGGAUGGUCUCAACACUUCAGGCACUAAUCAACCGGAUCCUGACUUGGGAAAAACAGUUUGUUCUAUUUUGGAAUGUGUGGACCUGAUGAGAGCUAACUAUUGGAGGUGGCGUAAGAGCAAGCUUCCUGCUCAGGCCAUUUAAUACCCCACAAAAUGGUGUGCAUGUCUCGAUCUGUUGAUCUCAGUGAAUGUACAUGUGCGGGCAUACAAUCCUGUACUUGUGGUCUUGAGGUGCAUUUGUAAUAAUUGAAGUCUCCGGAGAAAUGUUUUGUUUCAA